GUUUAGAAAUCCCCUGAAUCGUAGUCGGCCGCAUUCACGGAGGCGGGGGGGAUUUAAUAAUUGAGCGGUUUCACUUAUGCCCCAGAGCUGUCUGCGGGAGGACUCCCGGGUCUGCGCAUCUCAGAGGACCUGCGCUCGUGAGGUGCUGUGAGGAGGAAGACCCGUCGCUGGCAAGAAGCUAGAGCAAGACCACAUGCCUGCCCUUGAAGUUUAUAUUCUAGAUGACACAAUGAACAAACAGUGUUUUUAGGUUCAGAGAAGAAGAACAGCCAGCAAAAGAGAAGAGAAGGAACCGUUGUGGCCAGUGAAGUUAGGGGAAGAAUCAGAUGAACUCUAUGUCCCAGAAGCCAAGUGACUAAGGAGUGUUCCAGGGAAAGAGGAUCGGGACUGAGGAAGGCUGAAGACAGGCUGAUGGGCUCCGUUGGUGGGCUCCAUUGUCCCACCAUGACUGCCGAAAGCCCAACGCCCGGAGACCUGGCUCCUGCCCCCCUUGUCACUUGCAAACUCUGCUUGUGUGAACAGUCUCUGGACAAGAUGACCACACUCCAGGAAUGCCAGUGCAUCUUUUGCACAGCUUGCCUGAAACAGUAUAUGCAGCUGGCAAUCCGAGAAGGAUGUGGGUCACCCAUCACCUGCCCUGACAUGGUGUGCCUAAACCACGGGACCUUGCAGGAAGCCGAGAUUGCCUGUUUGGUACCUGUGGAUCAGUUUCAGCUUUAUCAGCGGUUAAAAUUUGAGCGAGAAGUUCACCUGGACCCCCACCGAACAUGGUGCCCUGUUGCAGACUGUCAGACAGUGUGUCCUGUUGCUUCGAGUGACCCAGGCCAGCCUGUGUUGGUAGAAUGCCCUUCUUGCCAUCUGAAAUUCUGCUCAUGUUGUAAGGAUGCUUGGCAUGCAGAGGUCUCCUGUAGAGACAAUCAGCCUAUUGUCCUGCCCACAGAACAUGGGGCCCUCUUUGGGACAGGUGCAGAAGCCCCUAUUAAGCAGUGUCCAGUUUGCCGGGUUUAUAUUGAACGCAACGAAGGCUGCGCCCAGAUGAUGUGCAAGAACUGCAAACACACAUUUUGCUGGUACUGCCUGCAGAACCUGGAUAAUGACAUUUUCCUCAGACAUUAUGACAAAGGGCCAUGCAGAAAUAAACUUGGCCACUCGAGAGCAUCAGUUAUGUGGAACCGAACACAGGUGGUGGGUAUCCUUGUGGGACUGGGUAUCAUUGCCUUGGUGACUUCACCCUUGCUACUCCUGGCCUCCCCGUGUAUCAUCUGUUGUGUCUGCAAGUCCUGUCGGGGCAAGAAGAAGAAGCAUGACCCAUCCACAACGUAAAGUACUGUUUCUAUUCCCGUGCCACAGAUGUCUGGACUCUGUGAUACAGCACACGACAAAGCCCCACUUAGUGACACGCUGCCUCCUUUUCCUUGCCAAAUUCUGGAAGUGCCUCUGUGUCCAGAUCUUGAAGUUGCCUGCAAGCCUUUGUCCAUGCCGGAUUGGGAAAGGGCAAAUCCUGGGUGCAGGUGUUGCCAGGUAGUAAGAACCGGACCUGGAGUCCAGACUGUCUAGGAGCUUGUCGGGAGCUUUGGGGUUGCUUAGGAGGAGUUAGUACAUCAUCAUUUUAUCAUUCAAAGGAUCUCACUGCACUGUUAGUCUUCCAGCCAAAUUAAAGGAGCCUAAGUGAACAUUCAGUAUAAUAAAUGUGCUUUUAUGGUUGACAACAUACAUGCUGAGAAGAAGGUGUGUUCUGUGUUGAUUUGCUACUGUGAGAAACAUGUAGGGGGAGCCCACUGUGGGAGGGAAGGAUAAGACUGCAUAAUAAGAAAUUCUCCGAAGAGUUAUACUCUAAAGCAGGCUGCUUAUCUUAGGAGUCGAUACGUUGGUUGUGACUCUGCCAAUUACUGGGUGUGUUGUGCCCAACUUUCCCACAGUGACUUGGCAGAAACACAAUAGGUUUCUCCGUGUGUGAUCUCAGCUUCAAGCGGGAGAAACUGCUGUGCAGAGGGAGUUGUCCCUUCCCAGUAAAAGGGUUGCAGCGUGUAAAUCAACAUGGUCUAAUUUAGUGUCUGUCCUUUGGCAAAUGUUACUUUUUUUAAGGUGACCAGUUCUUCUCAUACAGCCAGUAGUUAUGGUCUACAAAAUUAUUGUAUGUGAAAUAAGGUUAGAGUAGAAGAUGUUCAAAACCAUCAUAAAUCACAGGGACCUUUCUUUAGCUCUGUGUUCAUACAACCGGCAGAUUUGGAAUUGGAUCUAAAAGUAUAGAUCAAGGGUAAACAUUAAAGUCUAUAUGCACAACUAGAAUCCCUAUGCCUUGCAGCCUACCUAGAAUUUCUAUCCAUUGGGCCUGUGUGGAUAUACUCAAUGGUAGACACAAAAUAAAUUUUUACUUAAAAGUCAUUCUUUCUUUCAGUGACUAAAAUGGUUUAUCAUCAGUCAACCUAAAUACUUUUGCACAGUAUAUAUGUGAAUUUUGGUUGCAAGCUCAUAAUUUCCCCAAGGGCAUAGACUCAGAAACUACUCUUUUAAAAUGCUACUUAGUAUGAUAUUUCACUCUCUCCGGAAAACACUAAUUAAUAAUCAAGAUAUUUCCAUAUUUCAAAGCAGCUUUCUUAAUAAAACUUAGCAUCAUUUUUCCCGCAUCUAGUAGGACAAUCUUAAUACUUUCUGUGUAUACAAGGCACUGAUAAGACAAUAAAAAGAUAUAUAACAAAUAAAAUGGAAAUAUUUUAUAUAUUUCAAAUAGUUUGGAUCAUUAUCAAUCCCAUUGUGACUUAUGUUUCCCUUUGUACUGUACGUCAGAUUUACAUAAAUGGGUUUGGAGAGGACAACACAUGUCUCUCCAAUGACAGGAUUAUAUAGUCGCCAUUAGCAUUGCAGCCAGGUGCUUCAUGAGAACUACACAAAUGUUAACAGAGACCACUCCUAGAAGCCAGGGAUACCAUGUCCGGAAAUAUUCAGGACCUAGCAUAUCUUCUGAGGUAACUGGGUAACUAGAUUAUUAAAUUGCUGCUAUCUGGACCUAUUAAAGAGUGAAGAUUUGCCUAUGUAAUGGAAUGUAUCCUAAGUGGGGAUGUAUAUAUUUAAGGAAUUUUAAUUCACACACAUAUAUUGUUAUCUGAUACAUGUAUAGUGCAUUUGUUGGUCACGUACUUUUUUAUUGAGCAUUUGUAUAGAACAUAGUUUAGAAUUGUGGGAAAACUUUUGAAUGGCAACCAUUCAAAAGCAUUUUUUAAUCAUUAGAAAUUUCUCAACAAUGACUUUGUUUUCCUUCGGCUCUCUAAAUACUUCAGGAAAAAAAACACCUCUUCCAUCACUGUAUUUCAUGUUACUAUAAACAUAAAUGUACAUAUAUUUGCAUAGCUAAUUUGCUUUGUUUUAUACAUAGCCUACUUCCUCAUCAUAAAGGGCAUUUAUGAUUGCUCAGGGGAUCACAGGAACUCAGCUGAAAUUGAAUUUUUGUACUAAGAAUGUUAGAGAUGGUAGUGCACUCUUCCAUUAGUAAACUCUGAACGUGGCUCCACAAAGGCUCUUUAAACAGGGGCAGAUUUCAGGUAACUGAAAUGCUCUGAUCUCAGAUGAAGAGCUCAUGAAUUUGGAGCAAAAGUGUAAAAAAACAAUCUAUGCUAUUUCCAUGGCGAAACUAAAAGACAUUGUCUUCUCACAGAGAAUUUGUAACAGAAUUAGCUACCUUUGGGAUGGGGCCAGGAUUAGGGAGUAAGGAAUGUUUGUCAAAGAAUUUAAGUAACUGGACUUAAUUUUCUUAAUGAUGUAAAGUGCCUAAAAAUGGUGACUUCUACCUUAAAUAAUGAAAUGUGAGUGAGUUAUCAGGACUAGCAAGAAGAGGUUGAUAGGCUGAAUCCAAACAUAGCUCUGGUGCACGAAAGGAGAUGAUGCAAGCCACACUAGACUUCUUCACAAAGGAGAAAGCUGACAACGUUAAUGUUGGAGGCUGAUAUUUCCAUUUUUGGAUGAUUGGCCAGUGACAGAGUUUAGCCUUGUUUUCUUCCUUUCUUAGCUUUAUCCUUUCCUAGAGAUCUUCUUUCUGUUCCAGAACAAGCACGAGUCUACACAA